AUGAUUAGAUUAUUAUUGAUAACUCUAGUCAUUUCCAAAAUUAAUGGAGAUGAUAAAAGAAUAUAUUCAGCUAUAGAAAAUACUCGACCAAUUAUUGGAAUUUUAACUCAACCUACUCCAUCAACAUGGCAAAAACCAAAUCGUACUACUUAUUUAGCAGCAUCUUAUGUUAAAUAUAUUGAAGCAACUGGUGCUCAAGUUGUACCUAUUCGAAUGUAUCAAUCAAUAGAUUAUUAUUUACAUUUAUUUAAUUCACUAAAUGGAGUACUCUUUCCAGGCGGAGAUUUUAGUAAUGAAUAUCUUUAUGUUGCGAAACUUUUUCAUAUGUGGACAUUAAAGGUAAAUUAA